AUGAUCGCGUGCACCAAUUCCUUUCGGAACAUAAACGGUAUUCUUGUAACAAGAAAUUUGUUGAUUACUGUACAUGCAGAUUUCAAACCAACUUGCAGUUCCAAGACGUGCUUCUACGGUAUCUCAUACGGUAGCGGUAGUUCCAAUGGCCACGUAGCAACUGAAAAGUUAACCAUAAUGAAUGGCUUUGGUACAUUUGUCAAAUACCCUUACAUUUUCGGAUGUGGCACUAACAAUUCCGCCGAUAUUGAUGGAGUAACUGGGUUAAUGGGUCUCGCUCGAACUCCAUCAUCCUUUAUAUCACAAACUUCCCAAAAAUACUUUUCUUACUGCUAUCCGUCAUCUUAUGGUUCCACUGGAUACAUAACCUUUGGCAAAUCUGAUGACGAUAUCAAAAACAAAUUCGUCAAAUUCACUCCAAUAACCACUUCUCCCAAACAGUCAUUGUUUUACGAUAUUAUGGUAACUGGAAUGACCAUCGCUGGGAAAAAGCUACCAGUAGCCAGUUCAGAGUAUACUAAAUCAGAAUCGAUUACUGAUUCUGGAACAACCUUCACGGCUCUGCCACCAUCCCUGUAUGUGGCCCUGAGAUCAGCUUUCCGUAAGCAAAUGUCAAAAUAUAAGAUGAUAAAACCAGUGAGCGAUGAACUUGAUACUUGUUAUGAUUUUCGCAGUUAUGAUAAAGUUGUAAUACCAAAGAUUUCUUUCUUCUUCAAAGGUGGGGUUGAAUUGGAGCUGGAUGUGAAGGGAAUUAUGGUGGUAUAUAAAAAGGAUUUAAGCCAAGUGUGUUUAGCUUUUCAGACAGCAGACGCUGAUGACCCUACUUUUAUUUUGGGUAAUAGUCAACUAAGGGGAAAAGAGGUGCACCAUGAUAUUGUUGGACAGAGGGUUGGGUUUGGUCCCGGUGGUUGCAGCUAAGCUCAGCUAAAGAGGAAUGAAUCUUCCAACUUAGCACUUGAAAAUUAAGAAGCUGAAAUUCUCUUGCUUAAAUUUUAUGUUUUGAA